CUUGUGUUGUCUUCUUUUCUUGUCAUUCUCAUUCUAAUACUUUCUAUCUAACUAUCCUCAAGUCUCCACUCACAAUGCCCCUUGACACGAUAUACCUAACCCGCCAUGGCCACCGUCUAAAUUGGACAAUAGACUACAAAACAGGGACAUACAUCUCCCAGUUCCGUACCCCAACUGGCAAUCCCGCUGAUCCCACCCUGACCUCGCACGGCGUGCGUCAAUCGCACGAGCUAGCAGCCCACCUAGCCAGCCCAUCGUUCCACCCGAAGCCGUUCCGCAUCUACUCAAGCCCGUUUUAUCGCUGUCUCCAGACCAUUCAACCCUCUGUUGAGGCAUUGAAAGAGAACCAACGGACACAGGGACCCGAACAAGCAGGGAACAUCGACGCCAGAGCGGACUUUGACGUGAGGAUUGAGAAUGGCGUCGGAGAAUGGUUCGGCCCAACCUCCUUCUUCCACCACCCGACCCCCGCCUCCCCAUCGACCUUGAAAACACACUUCCCCAGCAUCCUGGCCGCCUCCCCCGAGGACACCUACACACCCACCAUCUACCCCUCCACGCGGGGCGAAUCCAUCGCCCAGCUGCACGACCGCGUCGCCACCGCCCUUGCGGCCCUCAUCGCCGACGCGGACGCCGAGAUCGCCGCCCUCGAGGCCGCCCAGGACCCCGCGGACCGCACCAGCAAGGCGAUCUUCAUCUGCUCGCAUGCCGCGCCGCUGAUUGCCAUUGGACGGGCACUGACGGGCCGGAUGCCCGAGGAUAGCGGGGAAGAGGACUUCAACGUGUUCACGGCGGGGUUGAGUACGUUUGUUCGAAGGAGAGGGGCGGGUUCUGACGGUGAUAGUGGCUGGCAGGCGGAGUCGGCAUUGGCGCCCGGGACGCAGGUCGUUCGCGCGGAUACUAAAGUGCCCGAGUGGCAGGGUGGAAGGGGCGUCGGGGGUGGGUGGGAUUGUGUUGCGAAUGGGGACUGUAGUUUCUUGAGCGGAGGGGCGGAGAGAGGAUGGCAUUUCAACGGUGAUGAGUCGUUUGAUACGGGUCCCAUGGCGCCGGAGUCUGCGUUGCCUACUUCGAGUCAGGAUACAGCGUCGACUGAGCUGCCGGGGACGACGAAACUAUAG